GUCACCUCACUUGUUCACGCACACUUUUAUUUUUAAAGGGGUUAAAUGAUUACAUAAAAACAUGAUAAAGUAAAAACAAAAAAAUAAUACAUGGGAAUUAAUUUCUAAUGGAAAAAAACCCUGUUAAUUAUGUUUCAAGCACAUCUGUCUGCCUGUUCGGUGCCCAACACAUGCAUUUUUCUAUGAGUUGGAAAAAGUUGUAAAGGUCACUUCCUCACAAGUCCAUCUGCUCAGUUGAGUUUCAGGUAUCAUCGAGAGAACAACAACUCAAUGCAAUAUCAACAUACACAUUCAUCACUAUGUGUGCUUUCAUCUUAUAUUUCAUCUGCAUGGGAGUUUCAGUGGGUGGAGAGGUUACUGACAUCACAACAGUUGAAGUGAUGGAGGGAGGUGUUCUCAAACUAGAUCCUGGACUUGAAGAUCUAAAGGAAGACGUUCAGAUAAUGUGGACGUUUGAGAAUGGCAGAGAAAAUACUCGUGUCGCACAGAUGCAUCAAGGAAGAAUUUACACUCAUUAUGACAUGAGAUUCACAGGCAGAGUGCUAUUAGACCAAAAAACUGGAAUUUUAACCAUCAUGAACAUCAGGACUAAUGAAUCUGGACUGUAUGAAGCCUUAAGCAUCAUCAGUACAGACAUCACAGGACAGAGAUACAAAGUUCAUGUUUAUGCACCUGUCUCUGAACCAGCCGUCUGGAGCAGCUCGUCAGUUAGUGUUCCUCAAUCUACAGGUACAUCACAGGAAACAGAGGAGACCUGUUCUGUGUUCUGCUCAGUGAAAAAUGACAGAGGCGUCUUCAUCUCGUGGUUUAAAGGGAGUGAAAUGCUGAACCGAACCAGCAAUCCUGAUCUCAGCAUUAACCUCAGUUUAUCAUUAGAGCUUCAUUAUAAUGAUCCAGAGACCUACAGCUGUACAGCUGUGAAUCCAGUCAACAAUAAUAGCAUCCAUCUUCACACUAAAGAGAUCUGUCCUCGACAGGAAGUUUAUCUGGAUACCUGUGGCUUCACCGAGGCUCUGGUUCGUCUGGUUCUGUCUGGUCUGCUGGGAAUCACCACUGCUGUCUUUCUCAUCGAGCAUUUGUUCUUCUGCUCAACUCAGAAAAUAACUGCUGCUUCUGUGUGCUGAUGAUACCUU